CAGCCCACCACCGUUCACCUUCUCGCAGCACACUGCCACUCCGGCGAAACCCCCCCAAGCGCCUCCCCCUCCCCCUCCUCCCCGCGCCGCUGCGGCCAUGCUCCUCUCCGGCCCGCCGGCGGCGCCCACCCCGCCGCUGCUCCUCCCGGAGAGCAGCGGCGAGGACGGCGGCCACGACUCCUCCCGCGCCGCGGCGGCGGCGGCGGCGGGGUCGGCGCCGAAGAGGCGCGCGGAGACGUGGGUCCGGGAGGAGACCCUCUGCUUGAUCGCGCUGCGCCGCGAGAUGGACGACCACUUCAACACUUCGAAGUCCAACAAGCACCUGUGGGAGGCCAUCUCCGCCCGGAUGCGGGACCAAGGGUUCGACCGCUCCCCUACCAUGUGCACAGACAAGUGGCGCAACCUUCUGAAGGAGUUCAAGAAGGCGCGCAGCCACGCGAGGCACAACGGCGGCGGCGGCUCCGGCGCCGGAGGGAACGGCAACGCCAAGAUGGCGUACUACAAGGAGAUCGACGACCUGCUCAAGCGCCGCGGGAAGGAGAGUGGCAGCGGCGGCUGCGUUGCCAGUGGCAGUGGCGCCGGGAAGACCCCCACAUCCAACUCCAAGAUCGAGUCUUACCUACAGUUCACGACAGAUAACGGCUUUGAAGAUGCUAACAUUCCCUUUGGUCCUGUUGAAGCAAAUGGUAGAUCGAUACUGAGCAUCGAUGAUCGUUUGGAGGAUGUCAGGCAUUCACUUCCCCUGACAGCUGCUGAUGCAGUUGCAACCAACGGUGUGAACCCUUGGAAUUGGAGAGACACCUCAACUAAUGGUGGAGAUAAUCAGGGCACUUUUGGUGGGAGAGUCAUUUUAGUCAAGUGGGGUGAUUACACCACAGUGCGGGAAGCCUACGGCACUGGGUACGCCCUUUUUUGGGGUGAUUACACUAAAAGAAUAGGAAUUGAUGGUACUUCUGAAGCAAUUAAGGAAGCCAUCAAAUCAGCAUUUGGACUAAGAACAAGACGAGCUUUCUGGCUUGAAGAUGAAGAUGAGGUUGUUCGUACCUUGGAUAGGGAUAUGCCGAUUGGAGCAUACACACUACAUCUUGAUGAUGGGGUGACAAUUAAACUCUGCAAUGCAAACCGCUUGCAGACCCCAGAAGACAAGACAUUCUACACUGAAGAGGACUUCCGAGAUUUCCUCACACGGCGUGGCUGGACACUCCUCAGGGAGUACGGUGGCUAUAUGAAUGUUGAAAGCCUGGAUGAUCUCCGUCCUGGCGCGAUUUAUCAGGGGAUGCGGUCCCUUGGGGAUUGAUUUUGCAACAUUUGCCUGGGCAAGGCAUGCAGUGUGUAUGUGUGUCAAAGUGGAAGCAUAGCAUAGUAAUACCAUGUAAUGUAAUUUAAGUCAAUCCAUCCUUUAUCUCUGACGAUGUGUAAAUAUUGCUGGCCAACCCUGUUAACUAGAAUGUAAAUGUAGUAGUUGAUUGUAUGCUAUUGGAUUGUGCAGUAAGUGCGAUCCUCCAGACAACUAGUAGAUUAUAUAUUUCCUUAUUACUGAAUUUGGCCAAGAUUUCACA